AUGGUCUCUACGCAAGAAAAGAUUGAAAAGGACAAGUUCUUCCGUGAUCUGUAUCUCCUAGACUCUCUUGACGAUGACUCACCAGAAAGUGAGGUCGAAACUCCCAUCAGACUAGCUGCGAAAGCCAAGCGGCAACCAGACCAAACCCUAGAUGCUGUCCAACAUGAACGGGCAAAGCAGAUCACAACCAGAGGCAAAGUUGGUGAGCGGCGGCCAGAAACCGUGCCCAGCACAGUCAGCGCUGUGGAUCACACUCUGAAGAAAGCGAAAGUACCUCUCCCUGUCGACGCACCAAAGAAGAAGGCUCUGCCUGAGAAGAGAAAGCGAGCACCAUCCACGGACCGUGAGCUCCGACGAAGAGACUCAGAACCUGCACUCACCGCGAAAUCUGCUCCAUCUCGUGCAAGGAGGUUGAAAACAUCGCCGUCCAUCGUUGUUGACUCUGCAGUCCAGACCACCAAAAGGUCUUCAGAGAAAAGAAAGCAUGUGACGGACCUAUCAAAUAUAAAGCAGCGCAAGCAUCAAUUGGGCAGCAAGAAACUGCCGCCGGUACCCAUUGGGGAGCAGAUGCUCAAAGGACUGCUCUUCUACUUCGUCCCAAACAAUGACAUUUGUCAAGCCCGGCGUUUUCGAAUCCACAAAGCCAUCCAGUAUGGUGCUGCUUGGGCGAACGAGUGGUGCAAUGGUAUAACUCAUAUCAUUGUGUGCGACAACCUCGACGUGCACGAAGCAUCAAAAGAAUUUGCCUGCAAAGAGAUCCCGCGUGGUCCGACUUUGGUCAACGUGAACUGGCUCAUUGAGUGUUUCUCUCGUAGGGCUGUCUGCGACACUCACUGGAACCGCUUCCAAGUAUCUGGAUCUGAGGCUUUGAAAGAAACAAACAAGGAACAGCAGCAACAUCAGUCCAAACCCCUGAUCGAACACGAAGAUUCGAUUGAUAAACACGCUGUGGAUGAGGAGACUCCGGAGGGUCUGGAAGCAAAUGCCGCCGAAUGUGCGUUGUUGGAUGCAGAAACCGAAUCAGAGGACGAGCUGGACAACGCGAUCCGUGACGUCCGGAGCCUUGGUAGCCUUUCAAUUGAUCCGAGCUUCGAUGACGGUGCGAAGUCUCCGGGAGACGAGCCUCCUGUUGACCAAGAGCCGGCCCCAUUCCACGGUGAUGGCAAAGCUCGAAAAGAAAAUGCGGGCUUCAUGUGCAUGGAAAAGCACGAUGGUGGCAAAGGAGACAACCCAAACGAGCAGACCAUUGUGAAGCUGCUGAAGAUGGCAGACUAUUACAGUGCCACUGGCGAUCAGUGGCGGACGAGAGCUUACCGGCAGGCAGUAGCAGCUUUGCGAAAAGAGCGGCGAUUGAUCAGGACGAAGCAAGAGGCGUUGACGGUCAGAGGGAUUGGCGACAGGUUAGCAGAGAAGAUCCAAGAGAUCGUGUCGAUCGGCAAACUGCAACGACUCGACAAUGCUGAGGCCGACCCUCGUGACAAGAUCCUCCGGUUGUUCAUGGGGAUUUACCACGUAGGAUUUCCCACAGCGUCCCGGUGGAUUGCUGAAGGUCAUCGCACGCUGGAAGAUCUCUAUCAAAAGGCCGAUCUCAACCGAAACCAGCGCAUUGGAAUCGAGCAUUAUGAAGAUUUUCAACAACGGAUUCCCCGAGCGGAAGUCGCUCAACAUGCCGCGAUCGUUAAGAAGGCGCUUCGAGCCGCAGAUACCGAAGCACAAAUGAUCAUUGGGGGCUCUUACCGCAGAGGUAGCGCCGACUGUGGUGACAUUGAUAUCCUGAUCUUCAAGAAGGAUGCGGGCCUUGAUCAGAUUCGUGCCUUGAUGAUGGAGACAGUCAUCCCGGAGCUGACAGCUCAAGGCUUCCUGAAAGUGGCUCUGGCCACGACUCACCAUCAAGACUCGGGGUCAAAAUGGCAUGGAGCAUCAGCCUUGCCGGGUUCGAAGACAUGGCGUCGCCUUGAUCUUCUUUUCGUGCCGUGGGCCGAACUCGGUGCGGCCUUGAUCUAUUUCACCGGGAACGACUACUUCAACCGGAGCUUGAGGUUGCAUGCGAGCCGGAAGCAGAUGAGGCUGAACCAGCAUGGGCUGUACGCAGAUGUCAUGAGAGGGCAGGGAAGGGAGCGCAUAACCCAGGGUAGACUGCUCGAAGGCCAUGAUGAGAAACGUAUCUUCGAAAUCCUGGGGGUGACAUAUCGACCGCCGGAGCAUCGAAAUCCGUAA